GGCUUGAAAUAUUCGGGCAAUUCAUAUCAACUCACAUCAUCAACAUGGAAAUAGUUCGUCGUAUUUUAUUUACUCUUUUAUUAUCAACUUUUAAUGUUUCUUUAUUCAAGUGCGAUGUAAGUGAGGAACCAACUUUAACAAUAUCAACUGGCCAAAUCAAAGGUAAAUCUGUGCUGUUUCGAGGAUGUGAAGUGCAUCAAUUUCUUGGUAUACCUUUUGCUGAACCACCACUCGAUGAACUAAGAUUUAUUAAACCAGUGCCUAAAAGUUCUUGGAGCAACACAUUAGACGUUAAAGAGUGGAAACCUCACUGCAUGCAAACGUAUUUACCUGGUUUUAAUGAUGGCUAUUCAUUUGAUGAAGAUUGCUUGUUUCUCAACGUAAUUGUUACCCAGUCAACUCUUGCUGCCGUUCAAAAUGACACCACAAAGCUUCGACCUGUAAUGGUCUGGAUCCAUGGCGGUGGAUUCCUUUUCGGUUCAGCCAACAACGCAUUUUAUGAUGGAACCGCAUUAGCCGUAAUGAAUGAUGUCGUCUUUGUGUCCAUCAACUAUCGUCUUGGAGCAUUCGGUUUCUUACAUUUACCCGAAUCUGGUAUCCCAGGUAAUAUGGGUCUUUGGGAUCAACUGUUGGCUUUGAAAUGGGUCCAGAAUAAUAUUCACUUUUUCGGCGGCAAUCCUGAUCAAGUAACUAUUUUCGGUGAAAGUGCUGGUUCAAUGUCUGUGUCAGCUCACAUCCUUUCCCCACAGUCUAACGGUCUCUUCAAGAAUGCUAUUAUGCAAAGUGGUUCACUCUAUAACAUACCUCUCUGGAUCAAUCCACGAACAGCCGAAAUUGCCCUUGAAAGAGUCAACUGUACCUCUGCCAUUGAUAAAGUCUCAUGUUUACGCUCAGUUCAAGCAGAAAAUUUCAAUUUGAUUGCUGAAUUUUACCCAGUGAUGGGAGAUGAGUUUUUACCAAGUGAACCAGAAAAGCUGAUUAAAAGCCUUGAUAAAAAUGUCAACAUACUAUUAGGAGUCGUUGGUAAUGAGGGUGUUGGUCUAUUCCGAUAUCUCAGAUUCGAUGAAAGAUUUUUCAACCCAAACAAUCCCGUCAACUUGACUUAUGUUCAAGCUAGAAACUUUGUGAAGCAAUUGUUUGGCGAACAACGAGAACAGUUUUUCACUCAAGAAUACCUCAGUCACAUUGAUCGCUACGAUCACUAUGGAUUUGGAUUAGCUAUCGGUCAUGUUCUAGGUGAUAUAUCUCUCACUUGUCCAACUUACAUGUUUGGUCAUGAUGCUGUCAAAACCGGCAAAGCAAAUGUUUACGCUUACUUCCAAACCCAGAAACCAUCCAAAACACCGAUUUCACUGACACCCAACAAUACAUGGAUACCAGCCACCCAUUGUGAUGAUUUACCGAUGGUCUUUGGUCUUCCCUUCACUGAUCCAUCUGGUUACUCUAAAGAAGACACUUUACUAUCACUAAUGAUGAUGAAUGCUUGGGGAAGUUUCGCAAAAUUUGGUGAACCACAAUUUUUCGGUGAUUCCAAGAGAUGGAGAAAAUGGAAGAUAGAAUCUGGUAAAAGCGAUAAGUUUGUUAUGGAAUUGAAUACUCAACGAUUUGGCUUGUCCAACAAUAGACUAGCUGUUAAAUGUGAGAAGAAUUGGCCUUUCCCAAUGGACUCAGUAAACUUGAAUAUUAAUUUUGACGAAAUUAUUAACCUUAACCAUGAUGAACUUUGAAACUGGAAAUCGCUUCAUGAAUUUACUCAAUUUUAGGAUCCAACCAAUUCAACAAUUUUAUUCAUACUUUUAUAUUCAUAUCGUUUAUCUUUUUUAAUUGAAAUUGUAUAUUUAAAUGCUGUGUAAAUGAGCCCAUGU